GCAGGGGUUUGGACUAGACGACCUGCUGAGGUCUCUUCCAACCCUAAUCAUCUAUGAUUCUAUGAUGAAUUUUGUAUAAGAAUCUGCAUAGAAUAGAGGUCCUCAGUGCAAGAAUCUGUUCUCUUCCCAUGAAAUGAAGGCACAACAAAAAGAAGACAUCUGGAAUGUCUGAAUGUGAGAAGAAUAUACUUAAUUAUUGUGCAUUCUGCCUAGCAAUGCCUUGUCUGCGAGGCUGUGUCUGAACAUCAAUGGCCCAAUCCAAUGUCCACUGAAAUCAAUGGGAAUAUUUCCGUGGACUUCAGUGGGCUUUGAAUUGGGCCCUAAAAUAGCUUUCCUCAAGCUAUGACCAUGGCAGCCAACUCACUGCCUAUUCAUUAUGGGGAAGCAAGAGACAGAGUUGAGUCCUGUGGUGACUGAGACCCCAGCUGAGCACAGAGACACACAAGCAGAGAAAGAGGAAUGCCAAAAAUGUUUGCCUUGUCUUGGGCUGAGCAAAGCCCCAGCAAAAGGUAAAGCUGCAUUACACUGCAAAAUACAUCCUUUCCAUGGAAAAUACUGUUUUUCUUGAAUGAUCCUGUGCCAUAGAAGGAGACCUUUCCUUGAAAAAGGCAUUUUUGGUCGUUAGCACAUACACAACAGAGAUCCCUUUUGACAGAUGAACAGAAAUAACAACACAGCAAAACUUUGAGAUGUUGCCAGGUAACUCAAUAGACAGAAAUUAUCCCAGAUAGUGCAGUGAUGCUGGAAUUUGAAGCAGAGAAUAGUUUAUUUUAAUCUUUAUUUUUCUCUUGUUUGUUGACCUUAGGAGCAAGAGAGAAAUUUAAUUUAUUUACCCCUCCCAAACAAUUUUGAUUUCUCACAAUGACAACUUCCCUUGAUAGGGACAUUCCACUACUUAGUGAUCCUGGCCAUCUUAUUGACUAUGAAAGCAGCUAUGCUGGAUUUUAUUUUUAAAUACACACUUACAGAAUACUCAGCUGACCUGUUGGACUAAAAACCCAGCAGUAACUGUCAAAGCUGACAAACACACAACAAACAUACAACUCAGAAAAACAUGAAGUAUGGCAUUUUCCCAUUGUGGUACUUUCAGUCCUAAUGUAGUUCAUGUGUGUGAGAGAGAGAGUGUGUGUGCGUGCACACAUACACAAAAAAUUAUAAAUUAGUCCUAUAAAACUUCAUAUAGCUGAGCUACAAACAAAAUUUUGCUCCUUUCAUGCUAGGAAAGACUUCACAAAUUAUCUUUUCCUUAUCUCAUUCGGUGGUGCAUACACAUAUAUAAAUAACUGAGGUAACUACCAGAUGUCUUUUCUCACAUUUUUUCCCAAAACCACACCGAUAAACAGCAAACAAGGAGUGAGCACAGAGCUGUGCUCAUUUCUAACUAAUCAUUUCCAAAAGUAGUACAAUAAGGAUACAUCAAAAUCAUGAAGAGCCACUUAAUAGGAAUUCUUUUGAGCUUCUGGGUUGCUGUCUCACCUGCUUUGUAUUUUCAUUCAGGGGAAAGAGAGGAGAAAUGCAUAAUAGAAGACAUUCCAAGUGAUACCUUGAUUACUGGGAGUUACAAGGUACAGCAAUGGGACGUGCAUGAACACAGGUUUCUUAAAUCUGCUCCUGGUUUGGGAAUGUUUGUGACCAUUACAACUCCUUCUAAGGAGCUACUGUUGUCAAAAUUGUAUGGUCCACAAGGAACAUUCUCUUUUACGUCACACUUACCUGGGGAGCAUAAUAUCUGUUUGCAGUCUAACUCCACAAAGCUUAUCUCAUUUGGAGGAAGUAAACUGCGCAUCCACUUGGACAUUAGAGUUGGAGAGCAUUUUCUUGAUGAAGCUAUCGCUCAAGCCAAGGACAAAGUUAAUGAGGUUAACUUUAGACUCGGACAUCUAAUUGAGCAAAUUCAUCACAUAUCCAAAGAACAAAAUUAUCACAGAGAACGUGAGGAGUACUUUCGAUUGACAAGUGAAGAAACUAACAGCAAUAUCCUGCGGUGGGCUCUUGCACAAACAUUGAUCCUUAUCUUAGUUGGAGUCUGGCAAAUGAAAUGUCUUCAAGAUUUCUUUAUAGCUAAAAAGCUUGUUUAAGACUGAUAGAAGUGAAUACACUUCUAAAUUAUUCAACAUAUAAUGCAUAAUGUCUACAUCA